GAGCCCAGCCAAAGAGUCCCUCACAUUGUCCCAAACUCCCAAUUUCAUGCUACGCCUAUAGCUAUAAGAAGGGCUUUUAGGCCAAAAACAUGUGUGUACUUACUGUUGUUCAACUCAGCAAUUAAUAGUCUCUGCCCCCAUGGGAUCACCGACGUCUAAAAACCAGUCCUCUUCUUCUACUUCCACCAUCCCAAGGCAUGCCCUUGCAAUUUCAACCACCGCCAUCUUCAUUCUAUUCUCAAUUGGCCAACCAUGCCUGGCCUCAUCGAUGCUCGACCACUCGUCAUCCAACGCCGAGUUCAUCAAGACCUCAUGCGGGUUCACCAUCUAUCCGGACGUGUGUUACCGGACGCUCUCCUCCUACGCGAGCACCAUCCAAACGAGCCGUAAGGAGAUGGCCAAUGCGGCUCUAUCGGUGACCCUGGAGAGCGCGCGAUCCGCCUCUAACACGGUGGCCAAGUUGUCGAAGGCCGGCGGCCUGAGCAAGAGAGCUGCAGGGGCGGUGAUUGACUGCGUCGAGACCAUAAGCGACUCGGUCGACGAGAUCCGCCAGUCGUUGGCCGCGAUGAAGGGUCUUGAUGGCCCAGAAUUCGAGGCCAACAUGAGCAACAUACAGACUUGGGUGAGUGCUGCUUUAACCGACGAGGACACUUGCAUGGAUGGGUUUCAAGAGGGUGGCAUUAGUAACAACAAGGAAGUUAAAGGGCCAAUUAGAAACAGCAUUGUGAGGGCGGCUCAGUUAACUAGCAAUGCUUUGGCUCUCAUAAAUAGACUCCAAUAGUCUAAUUGCGACUCUCUCUAGUCGUAAGUUGGAUUCAGACUCCAUGUUCUCUAGUGUGUCGUUACAUAUCGUCCGUGUAGAGAUUUGUGAUAUUAUAUUUGUUGGCCCAAAAAAUUGGGCUAAUGAAGAUAUUUAGUUGUGUAAAUGUUUCUACUUUAUGCAGGAGUGAUACAUAUUUACUAGACACCCUU